ACGUGAGCCGCCCUGAAAUUAGUCAUUCAGCCUUGUCCCCGCGAACGGGUCCUCCCUGUGAUAUGCCGAACAUCGGGUUUAUCCGAAAUACCACUUUGGAUCUUGGACAUGGGUAUCUAGUCGUCCUCGAUGAAUCCUGUAGUACUGAUAAAAGCAAUCGGACCAAAGCCUAUGGAGGCUAUGCUUUGCCAAACCAUCGUUUACGGUUUAUCUUCAACAUGACGUCCAUCUUACAUCGGUCUCUGGCAAAAACAUAUCCCAACGCUGUUGGAGGUGAUGGGGUCUACCUGGUAGCUGCCAACGGCCAAAAAGUCCUCGAUGGUAGCUCUGGAGCGGCAGUGUCUUGUCUAGGACACAGUCAUCAGGCGGUCAUAAACGCAAUUAUCAAACAAGCACAAACCCUUUCAUUCGCUCACACUUCGUUCUUCACCAACGAUCCCGCCGAGCAACUGGCGGCUCUUUUGAUAGACCAGAGCGGCUCUGCCUUCUCCAAAGUCACAUUUUUCAGUUCUGGUUCGGAGGCGGUCGAAUCUGCACUAAAGCUUGCUCGUCACUAUCACCUGUGCAACAAUGAGCCGGAUCGGGUCAAUAUCAUUGGCCGGAAACACUCAUACCAUGGAAAUACUCUGGGCGCAUUAGCGGCCGGAUGGAAUCCCGCCCGACGUGAUCAAUAUGCACCCUUACUCUCACCAGCCUUCCACCACGUAUCUCGCUGCUUCUACUCUCAAGACGCCGCCAAGGGCGAAACACCCGGGCAGUACGUCGAGCGAUUGAUCAAGGAGUAUGACGAGAUGUUCCAACAGCUGGGUCCUACCACCAUUGCUGCUGUUAUUGUGGAACCUGUUGUUGGAGCAACUCUUGGCUCUGUACCCGCAGUUGAAGGCUACCUCAAUCCCUUACGCAAACUAUGCGAUCAAUAUGGUUCUCUUCUCAUCUAUGACGAGGUAAUGUGUGGGAUGGGCAGAGCUGGAACUCUUCACGCGUGGCAAUCUCUUGGAGGCCCUCCUCCCGAUAUGCAAACGAUUGGCAAAGGACUUGCAGCAGGCUAUCAGCCUCUCUCUGCGGUGCUUGUCAACUCCAGAAUAUCGGAAAAGCUGCAGCAGUCGAGUAAGAGCCGGGUCUUCUUGAGCGGUCACACUUAUCAAGCUCACGCCAUCGGAUGUGCAGCGGGACUUGCUGUCCAACAGACACUCAUCAACGACAAUUUACUCCAAAAUGUCCGAGGUAUGGGAGCGUAUCUCGUAUCAAGGCUGACGCAGCAGCUUCCCAAGAGUGCAGUCAGGGAAAUCCGAGGAAUUGGACUUUUCCAAACAGUGGAAUUUGCACCGAUCGAUCCCUCAGGAAGCCCUCUAGCGAGCGAGGUGGCAUCGCUGACGUUUGAAAAGGGGGCUGCAGUCUACUUGUGCUCGCCCGCAGUUGAUGCCGUGCUUUUCUGCCCUUCGUUCAUUAUCAGCAAAUCACAAGUUGAUGAGCUGGUUGGGUCUUUCACUGCAGCAGUAACCGAGAUCAUGGACCGAAGAAAACUCAGAUAGACAUGGUAGAUAGAUUCUCAAUUGAUGGCUAGGUAAUUGUGCACAAAGAAUUUACAUCUCCGCACCCGGUUAACCAA